CUCGCGCCUUUCCAUCUUGUUUCACCAGAAGCGCUACAGACACAGCGCACCACCACCGUUGUUGUUAUAGUAGUGAAUAAUGGCGGCAGCGGGAGAGGGAUUAUCAUCUCCCGCUAAUGUCGCGGGUUCCAGCACGCCGGCCGUAGCCCGGGCCCGUUUCCCGGGCCGGCCAUGGACAUCUCGUAUUCGGCUACGAUCGGAGAAACGUCCGCAGCGGGGAAGGUUGGGCUCGGAAAGUGGAGGGAUAGUCACAGGAGGCCGAAGGCCCAUCAACAUUGGACUAACGUUGAGCGAGGACCCGUCACUGCUGCGUUUACUCGGGAUUGCUGAUAAACAUAGGCGCCAGAGAGACGCGGGUUUCUACUCAAGCGGGAGUGGAGAGGAUGAGGAUUUCCCUGGGUUUGGGACUGAAUACCGGCCGACACUCUCAGCACACAAUGUCUCUGAAAGCAGGCCUCUCCAAUUAUCAUUAUUGAAGCCAGAAAAUCCUCCCCCAGCUCCAGAACUUAUGGCAAAGCUUGAGAAAAGUGGAGUGAAGGGCUCAAAAGAAGACCCUAAGGUUGGAGAGGGCCAGGAAGAAGAAAACGCAGUGAAACCCAAAAUAAUUGCCAAACUGCCAGCCCGAAAAAUGUCACCCAGUUCUGGGAUUAAAUCUAGAGGAAAGCAGGCUACUGGGACCAAGGCCUCAAAAGGCAAGGGCAGUGCAAAAUCAAAUGGUUCCAACAGGAAAAGGGGAAGCAAGGUGGUGGAAUCGUCUUCAACAGCCAGAAAGGGGAACAGGCAAGACCAAACAACAAAGUUGGGCAGGGGAGGCUCAGGGUCCAGCACAGCCCGACCCCAAACCAGCAGAGACAAGCAGGGAAAACUGGUGUGGACCCUGACAGUGGUCAAGGGCAAAGGGAAGGCCUCCAAGAGCAAAGAGGAAGGGGAGGUAACAGCAGACAAAACCGAACCAGACCAAUCUGAGCCACAGAUGUCUGGGAAAAGAGGAUCUCAGCAAGACCAAACUGGUGUGGACCCUGACAUUGGUCAAGGGCAAAGGGAAGCACUGUCCCCUAAACCUGUGAAUAAGCAGCAGCAGAGGAGGAGAGUGUCCAAGGGAACAGAGGAAUCCCUUGAGGCUGGAGCUGAGAUGGAGCAGAAUCCAGCAAUGUCCCGGGAAAGAAAGAAACAAGCACCGUAUAAGCGCAAGUCAUUAUUUGGCCACAGGAGGAAGCCCGGGAAUGUGCAGAGGCUUAGAACGCCAGAGUCUGUUGUGAAACGCUUUCGUCGUAAGUUUGUCUUCUUCACCUACGUGCCAGAGUACCUCCCAGACCAAGUGAAGCAGGAGGGAAAGGAGCAGCAGCCGCAGGGGGAGAGCACCAGGACAGAGGGCGAGCCUCUCCUGUCUCCUGGAGAGAUCGAGCAGGGAGCCAGCAGUAACCUCUCCUCGCCUGUGGUGAGUGCCAGAUCUUCACGUGUCAUCAAGGCACCCAAGAGGUUCCUCAAUGACGAGAUAAUAUCCUGGCCCAGGGGCUCCCUGAAAAAGAAUAGCCAAGGCAAGGUGAAGGAGGAGGAUGCCAUGAGCCUAUCCUUCUAUGAUUCAGACAAUGAUGACAUUGACCACUUGUCUCAAACUCCAGGUCAAAAUGAGUUCAAACCUAAAGUUUCCAGCUCAACUGGUAAAAAAACACUUCAGACAAGCCUGUCCUCAACCCUGUCUGUGAAGGACUCAACGCUCAGCCCAGGCUCAUCCCACCUCGAGGUCUACGAGAGACUCAAGAAGCUGACCCUCAGCCUGGCCCAGAAGAAGAAAGGCCUUGGUGCUGCUGAGGGUGAAAUGGAAGAAGAAGAUGAAGCCCAGGAGGACUGGAGUUUGACCUCGCCGGUUAGGAAGAGAGGGAGGUCCAAGCUGAAAAUGGAGGACCUCAACUCUCCUGGGGUUGUGAGGAAACUGGCUGUGCAGGUCCGUAACGCUGCCGCUGCAUCAUCUGCUGUGACUCUGGAGGAGGCAGCAAACGACACAGAACAUUUCCAAGGGGCAGAGUCCGCUCCUGAAGGAGUUUACGAAGGAGGGAGCCAGGCUAAUGGGGGUGACGAUGGGGUUGUGGUGGAAAAGGGGGCCACCAGCCAUCGUAUCAACCUCACCGGCACCAACAAGAGGAUGUUCCAUCURCUGAAGAGGGCCAAGGUUCAGCUCAUUAAGAUCGACCAGCUGAAGAGAGCCAAGCUGCAGCUGGUAAAGAUUGACCAGCAAAGAACGAUGAAGUCAUCACAGCUCCUGUCUGGAUCUGUAAAACUCAGUCCCAGAGAUUUAAGAGUUGGAGGGGGGAGGAGGAUAGGAGGCUCUGCUCAGGACCAGCUCCUUGGUGGUCCACGCAUCAAGCACGUCUGUCGGGCAGCAGCGGUGGCGUUGGGGCAACCCCGUGCCAUGGUGCCUGACGAUAUCCCCCGGCUUAGYGCUCUGCCCCUCCAUGAGAGAGAGGGCAUCACCACCUCACCAGCUGUAGAAGACAUUGCUGAUGACGCCUCUGAUCAGGAAAUCGAGAGCAUUCAGGAGCACAAGACAAGACAGAAGCACAAGUACAGCAAGCAGCGCAAGUUAAAGCGGAACUAUAACGAGGUUGGUCCUGGGGGUCGUGCCACCCGCUGUGGGUCCUGCCAGGGCUGCCUGCAUGAGGGUGACUGCAGCACCUGCUUCAACUGCCUGGACAAGCCCAAGUUUGGAGGGCCCAACACCAGACGCCAGUGCUGUGUGUUAAAGCGAUGUGUUCGGAUUGAGGCAAGGAAAGUAAAGCGUGGCGUCAAGCCAUUCACAGUCCUUUCGAGGCGGCGGCGCAGGUCAUCAGCCAAUGUCUUUAAGUCCAAUGAUGACGAGGGGUCGGUGUCCUGGGAGGAGGGAGAGGCAGAGGAAGGGUUGGACCCGGCAACCCCUGGAGACUGCCUGAGCCCGUCCACCAGAAAGCAGCCGAGGCGGAACGUGACACCUCGCUCCUACAGCAGCCUGCUGAAGUCGGACUCGGACGAAGACACGGGCGGAGAGGCAGCGGUCAAGAGUCCUGUAAAGAAUCCUGUCGCCCCAAGCAACCAAGCUCCAGAGGAGGGCCCAGUGYCCAGUGACGUUGUAAGGCACCGCAGACCUGGGCCGCCCAAAGGACCGCUGGGCCGACGCAGAGCCGACAAGGGGAGCAACUCAGAGGAGCACCACCCAGGGCUGCUGGUCACAGAGAGCCACAUAACAAGGAGCCCCAGCGAGCCCUGCCCACCCAGGAUCCCACCGUUGCGGUUACAGUGGCGGCUGCAGGUGCAGCUGCAACGGUUGCCCCCAUGUGUGGUGCAGUCGGUCAUGCAGGAGGAGGAGGAGCCAGAGGAGGAGUCUUCACAGGAGGAGGAGGAGACUAUUGUUAAAGAGGCGGUGCCGCAGCAUAAUCCCAGAAUUGAUCCCCACUAUGUCCUUCGUUCCCAGAAUGCCGCAGAACACACACCAACUAACAUCCUCGCCACCCUAGUCAACGGACUCMCCCAAAAGGGCCACUUGAAGACCGGGACGCACAGGAUCCGCGUAGACUUUAAGGAGGACUGUGCCGUCCAGAACGUGUGGUUGAUGGGCGGUCUGAGUAUCCUCACCUCCGUCCCCGUCACCCCUCAUCCUGUCUGCCUGCUCUGUGCCAGCAAAGGACACCAUGAGAUGAUCUACUGCCAGGUGUGCUGCGAGCCCUUCCACAGCUUCUGCCUCUGGCCRGAAGAGCGACCCCAGGAGGAGAACAAGGAGAACUGGUGCUGCCGCCGCUGCAAGUUCUGCCAUGUGUGCGGCCGCAAGCACAAGAACAACAAGCCUGUGUUGCAGUGCAGGAGGUGUCAGAACUGCUACCACCCCUCCUGUUUGGGACCCACCUACCCAAAGCCCAUCAACUGUAACAUGCCCUGGGUGUGUAUGACGUGUAUCCGGUGUAAGAGCUGUGGAGUGACACCAGGGAAGACCUGGGACAUGGCCUGGAACCACGAGCAGGACCUCUGUCCCGACUGCAGCACGCUCCACGUCAAAGGGAACUUCUGCACCAUCUGCUCCAAGUGUUACGAGGAGAAGGACCACAACAGCCAGAUGAUGGAGUGCUCCAGGUGUAGCCACUGGGUACAUUCUAAAUGUGAAGGGCUCUCUGAUGACCUGUAUGAGAUCAUGUCCAGCCUGCCAGAGAGCGUAGUGUACUCCUGUACACCUUGCAGCCAAUCACAGCCCGGCUCCUGGAAGGAUGAGCUGAAGGACAGGCUGAGGGCGGGGCUAGAGAAGGUGCUGGCCAACCUCCUUUCUGACUCCUCUGCCCAGCACCUGAUCACCUGCAGGGAGUGUGAGGAAUCCACCGAACCAGAUGCUUUCAGGGACAAACACCAGCCCAUCUGCGACCUACAUGCCGUGGGUCAAAAAUUUGAAGGGCGACAGUACACUUCGCUGAAAUCAUUCCAUGAGGAUGUUGUCAUGGUGAUGAGGAAGUGGUUGAAGGAGGAGGAGUCUCUCCCUGAGGGCCUGAGUCCCACCUGUUUGGCCAGGUCGCACUACCUGAAGUUGCUGGAGGAGACUUUCAGUUGGUUUCAUAGCCAAGAUCAGAAAAUGUGGGACCCACUCUCCAAAGAUUUCCCAAGUGGUAUGCUCCCCGAGGCAGUUCUUCCUCCAUCUAUGGAGCACAGCUAUGCACAGUGGCUGGAGAGGACGUACCAAGUUACCAGGGGUUCAGGGUUUCUCCUGCANNNNAACAGCAUCCCUCCCCCAUCCUCAGUCACCACCCAUCAGCCCUGGGCGCUGGAGGGCGUCCCACUCAAAUCCCAAGGGUACAAAGGUGGCUCAGUAACAGGUCCCUGGAACGCGACCGACCAAAGAUGGAGAGGCGUUGUGCACUCUGCCAACAUCGUGUGGUUGACGACCACAACCAACGACGCGGGCAGACUGCUGUACCUGGGGCAGAACGAGUGGGCCCACGUUAACUGCUGCCUGUGGUCUGCUGAGGUGUACGAAGACAACGGAGCUCUGCUCCAAGUACACAGUGCUGUCUCCAGGGGGCGCCACAUGCGCUGUGAGCGUUGUGGCCAGGCGGGGGCGACGGUGGGCUGCUGUCUCUCGUCCUGUCAGAGUAACUACCACUUCAUGUGCGCCCGCGCCCGCAACUGUUUCUUCCAGGAGGACAGGAAGGUCUUCUGCUCCAGGCACCGCGACCUCGUCAGUGAGAAGAUGGUGUCUGGGAAUGGGUUUGAAGUUCUCCGGCGGGUCUACGUGGACUUCGAAGGGAUCAGCCUCCGUAGGAAGUUUCUGACUGGCCUGGAGCCAGAGUCUAUAAAUAUGACCAUCGGCUCUCUGCAGAUCAACAGGCUGGGUGUGCUGACUGAACUAUCAGCCAAUGGAGCGAGGUUGUGUCCUGUGGGCUAUCAGUGCUCUCGGCUGUACUGGAGCACAGUGGACCCUCGUCGGCGCUGUAAGUACACCUUUAAGGUGACAGAGGUGUGUUCUCCACUCCCAGAGAAGCCAGGGGAACCACUGUGGUGGGACCAGGAGGAGAACCGAACCAUAGCCCACAGCCCCUAUCAAGAAAUGGAGAUUCCAGAGGCUGUGAUGAGUCCUCCGCCCAUUGAGGUAUCUCCCAGCACCACCCCGUCUCCCCUGAAACAGGAGACGGGGGCCAAAACCCCUGGUUACUCACAAACCAGGAGACCAGCAGGAGGAACAUCUCGACCUCUUCCCUCCCCAGGGAGUGCCAUCUCCAAAUCGCACCACAUCCUGACACUCAGAGACCUGGACGAUACCCGCCGGCCGCGUCGCCUGUCUCUGAGCUGCCACUCAGGGGACUCMUCCUCCCCCACCGACGGCCUCGCGGGACCAAUGACGCUCCGWUCAGGGGGCACCCUCCACCCCAGGUCCCUCCCCUUCAGUUCCCCUCCCAGAACCAGCGAAAACCUCCUGAGUUCCCCUCGGCAAGUACGACCUCUCGCUGGCUCCUCCAGCUGGGGCUCCCCUCCCUUGUGCCCCUCCAGUCUUACCCACCCUUUCUCCUUGCGGCCUGGCGCCGCCGGCAGCCCUCCCUCCAACCUCCAUCUGGCCUUCCGCCACUCCUCCAGGAUUAGACAGCCAUUCAAAAUCCGAACUCCAGUGUCCGCUGAGGUGCCACAAUACUUCUUAGCUUCAUCCGAGCCAGAGAARGCAGUGGUGGCGCCCUCAAACGGGAUCACAUUGACAGAAAAUAACAUGGAGGAAGACACAGACGUCAGCCCCCUGAUGUCGGAUCAGGACUUGCCCUUCACAACAUUCGACGUGGCGGACGCGGACGUGGCGGUGGCCUCUGUGCUAAACGCCAAGCUGGAGUUUGACGAGGCCUUGCUGAACGAGACUGUGGCGCUUCACUGUGGAGGGUCCCAUACAGGUGKAGGAGAUAUGGAAGAGGAGGAGGCACUAGAGGAGGAGACCCAGAUCCAGACUCAGGGUAGGGACAACAUGGACGCCAACAAGGCCCCAGUAUUCACCAAAGCCAUGGCCUCUAAAGAUGAUCUGGAGAACGGUUCCUCAGACGAAGACAUGGAUCACUACUUGAAGUUCUCUCGUACGGUGGUGGUGUGCGAAGCCUCCAAGGACUCAGGGCAGGAAGGUCUCCCUCUCCCCCCACCACUUCCUACGUCUCAGUCCAUUGCUCAGCUUGACGGAGCGGAURAUGGCUCCGAGAGUGACUCGAGUGAGGCUACCGGCGAUCAGGAAGAAACUCARGAAGAGGGGAAGAGUGGGGAAGCUCAGGGGGCUGACAGUCAAGAAGUGUUUGAAACCUGUGACCCAAAUAACGACAUGAUGUCUAUUGAAGAGGAGGUUCUGAUGGACUCUGACCAAACGGAAUUCCAGAAUGAGGUUCUUCUGGACCCAARUAGUGGCCAUUUUGUUUCAGCUGACGACGGCACCAGAGUGUACCUGGCUAAUAAUAAAAAAGCAGCUCUUGAUGACAGCGAUAGUGACAGCUCUGGCUCCUCUACAGAUUCUCUCAUUGGAGUGGAUGACGAAAUGGGAGACCCAGACUUCGAGCCGGAACCCAAACCCAAACCCAACCCAAAACAUCCUGUAAAAACCAUCAAAGUCAUGCAACGCCCUAGUCCUGUGAGCAUGAAAAGUAUUCCUCCUAAACCCACACCAACACAGAAGAAAAUCAUCAGGGUGUCCCUACCUUCUGCACCUGCUCUGCCUCUKAAUGUAGCCUCCUCUUCCCCACACAUCGUUGUUCGAACCGUUCCAAGGACAGUCCCCUCCACCGCUUUCCCGACCCCGUUUGUAAUAAACGGCAUGAACUCUAUACCCUUACAGACGGGGGCCACUAGGGGCAGAGCUAUCGCUAUCCGCCUGGCCACCCCCAGACAAGAAGCUCAGCAGCAGCUGACUACCACUAUUCUGUCUGGUGCCUCCAACUCAGCCCCGUCCCCGCAAGUUCUGCUAGUCAACCGUCAAGGUCAGAUUCUGAUGAAAGAUCCAAAUACCAACACCUUCCAGACAGUCAGCACCAGUUCUCCUUCCUACAGCCGCAUCAGCCAGAUUGCCAAGAUGAUCCACAGCAGUGGUGGCCUGCCACGGGCAGUUCCCCAGGUUGUGGUCGUACCCUCUACGUCAACACCCUCACCACGGACAGCAGUCUUCCAUAGUUCACAUCUCAUCACCACUAACAGAAACAACACCAUCACAUCAACCACCAUCUCUAACAGAAACAUCACACCAGCAAGCAACACCAAUCUCCUGAUCAGAGCCCCACAGAGUUUGCAUGAUGGGCGAGUGCUGGUCCAAGCCAUGCCCGUGACGAGUGGAGCAAAACCAGUGAGGGUCAAGUGCGUCUCUGUGCCCGGCAACCAGGCCCAAGCUAUUUUAGACAGAGCCAUGGCUACUCAUCGYGAGCCCUCUCGGAUACGRCCUAAUAUCCUCAGGGUGAGCCCAUCUCAGCUGAGCCCAUCCCAGUUCCAGGUCCACCCCUUCCUCAACAAACUCCAGUCCCCUGUAGCCAUCUCUGCCGCUCCUGGACAGAUGCUCCGUCACGAGCCAGCCAUCGUACCAGAGUCCCAGUCCCAGGUCCGCGUUAAGAGAGUGUCCUCCGUCGCUGAGCGUCCCGGCAAGAAGAAAUGCAAGACUGAUUUCCUCCCGCAGUUGCCCUCUAGUGACGUGGAUGACCUAGAUGGCAGCAGAAAUAGUGGCGUUCGAAUCAAAGCCCCAACGAUGAAAGAUGUGCUGGAUCUGGACCAGGAGAAAGUUGAGCUCAAGGUCAUCCCACCACCAGAACCUGAGAAUAUCAGACCACCUCCCGUACCUCAGAUGGAGCGGCAGCCCAACAGCACUCUACGUCCACCCAGCAGCAGCACCACUCAGAGUAGCAGCAACAUCCAUGGGAAAACCCACGUGUGGGUCAGUGCGCGCCAUGGAGAUCUCUCCGACUGGGGCCCCUACUCAGGUUUUAGCUCAGACGAGGACAUGCCGCCACCUAAACAGGACAAGACCAGGUUCGACAACAGGAACCAGCCCCACCUGCGCUUUGAAAUCACCAGCGACGACGGCUUCCAUGUACAGGCAGACAGCAUAGAGGUGGCGUGGCGAGCGGUGAUUGACGGCGUCCUGGAGGCCCGAGCAGGGUUCCAUCUGAAGGCGUUGCCCCUCGGCGGGGUGAGCGGGGCGCGGGUUCUGGGCCUGCUCCACGACGCUGUCAUCUUCCUACUGGAGCAGCUGCAGGGCGCCGCCGGGUGCAAACAACACCGCUUUCGCUUCCACCGCUACGACAGCCCUGACGACGAGCUGCCCAUCAACCCCAGCGGCUGCGCCCGCGCUGAGGUCUACUCACGGAAGUCAACCUUCGACAUGUUCAACUUCUUGGCAUCUCAACACAGACAGCUGCCUGACAUCAUGUCGACGCCAUGUGACGAGGAAGAUGAUGACAUCCCGCUGAAAUCCACUAGACGAGCCACCAGCACAGAGCUUCCCAUGGCCAUGCGCUUCAGACACCUGGAGAAGACCUCAAAGGAAGCAGUGGGGGUUUACAGGUCUGAAAUUCACGGACGCGGUCUGUUCUGCAAGAGGAACAUUGAGGCAGGGGAGAUGGUGAUCGAGUACGCAGGCAACGUCAUCCGUGCUGUUCUCACGGACAAGAAAGAGAAAUACUAUGACAGCAAGGGCAUCGGCUGUUACAUGUUCCGCAUUGAUGACUUUGAUGUGGUCGACGCCACCAUGCACGGCAACGCCGCCCGUUUCAUCAACCACUCGUGCGAGCCCAACUGCUAUUCACGCGUCAUCCUCGUGGACAGCCACAAGCACAUCGUCAUCUUCGCCCUGCGUAAGAUCUACCGCGGCGAGGAGCUCACCUACGACUACAAGUUCCCCAUUGAGGGUGACGGCAGCAAGCUGCACUGCAACUGUGCGGCCAGGCGCUGCCGCCGCUUCCUCAACUAAAAGACCAGCCAAACGCGCCACGUUGGAGGAGUACUUGAAUUCAUAGAGGAAUAUGGAGAGACCAGGGAAAAUGCAAUGAUAUGGCGAUAGGAGUGUUGCCAAUAAGUACUGAUGAAUUGGAGCCUCCUCCGUAGUUAGUUUAAUUUAAAGUCUGACUGAUAUGACKCAUUUUUAAUUUAAAGACUGACUGGUGGACAUUUUUGGGUUCUAUCCUACAGCAGGGUUUCCCAAACUCGGUCCCGGGGCCCUGGGUGCACGUUUUUUGUUUUUGCCCCAGCUCUACACAGCUGAU